AUGCAGGCGGCGCGGGUGAAGACCGGAGCCCCCGUGGGCAGCAGACACGACACCGAGCCCCCACUCGCCAUUACCAUCAAGUUGGAGAUCAAAGUAGAGCCGGAGCCCGCUGGGGAGGGGGAGGGAGGGAGUGAGACAGUGCGCUGGUGCGAGAGCGUGAACGCACUAGAGACGAACGAACUAGAAGCAACGGGGCGGCUCUGUGGCUGCGGCGCCGACUCCGGCCCGCGACCGUGCGUCAUCUGCACCAAAACAUUCACGCAAGCGAGCACACUCCGAGCACACACGAGGACGCACACCGGCGAGAGACCGUGCCAGUGCACACUCUGCCACAAACGCUUCAGGCAAUGGGGCCAUCUGAAGCGGCCCGAGCGUCUUCAUACCGGCGUGAGACCGUACUCCUGCGAUGUAUCCAAUAAACAAUUCGUAGAAUUAGACAAUCCGAAGAAACACGAGCGAGUACACACGAAAGAGAAACUGUACACGUGCGCAGUAUGCCACAAGGAGUUCGCGCAGAUGAACACGCUGAAGAACCACCGGAGGAUCCACACGGGGGAGAAGCCAGACCACUGCCAAGUAUGUAACAAAGAGUUCACAGAAUCGAGCAGUUUAAGGAGGCACGAACGAAUCCACACGGGGGCAAAACCGUAUUCUUGCUAA